ACCUGUAAGCUUGGGAGAACUAGGCUUUUUAGUUGCCCAAGGGAGGAAGGAAUGGAGCCAAAAAACAAGCUUGCUUUGAGAUUCAAGACGAGGAGUUUCUCGAGCUUGGUGAGGAACGACGGAAUGCUGCCCGAGCUGUCGGCCCUUUCAAGGAUGAGGUACCCCAAGCUGAUCCAGCAUUUGCAGUGUGGAUGCAAGUUGACCAAGCAGUGGUCUGGAGAAGAAGUUCCCUCCCAACUCGAGAACUUCCAGCUGACGCAGCUUACCAAAGGCAGGAGGUACGGGACCAUCCAUGGCGUAUGAAGCUUUGAGAAACAACUUCAUCAUUGAACCAGUAAAGCCCGCCACAGCAUUCAAGGUCGAAAUAGCCACUGACACUGCUGCAAGGGUGCGCUUUGCAUCAAACGGGAAGAUCAAGAUGUAUGGCAAGCUUUCAAGAGUCAAGGAUGCUCGGCAAGUUUUCGAUCGCAUGCGUAACAAGGACUCGGUGUCUUGGUUCUUGAUGCUAGCUGUGUAUGCACAAAAUGGUCAUAUGGAAGAGGCCAAGCUGAUGUUUUCCCAAAUGCCAGAGAGGAGUUUGAUUUCUUUCAAUAUGAUGUUAUCUUCGUUUGGUCGGUGUGGAUGUGUACAAGAAGCUUACAAAAUCUUUAACAACAUGCCUCACAGGGAUUUAGUGUCUUGGAACGCCGUGACCUUUGCGUAUGCCCACAAUGGGUAUAUCAACGAGACGGUUCAGGUGUUUGAUGCCAUGCCCGAGAGAGAUAUGAUCUGCAUGCGAAUAAUAGAAAUUUGGAAAAAGCUAAGAACAUCUUUGAGAAAAUGCCAGAAAGAGAUCUAGCUGCUUGGAACUGUAUGCUGAAUGCAUAUUCCCAAAGCGGGUAUCCGCAGGAGGCAAGGCGUGUGUUUUAUUCUAUGCCUCAGAGAAGUCCCAUUUCCUGGACUGUGAUGUUAAACCUCUCUGCCGCAAAUUCUAGUUUACAAGAAACAAAGAAUAUAUUCGAAGCCAUUCCAGAAAUUAAUCUAGUUUCGUGUACGUCAAUGAUUUCUGCAUAUGCCCAGUCAGGGUAUCUCUUGGAAGCUAAAUCAUUAUUUGAUAGAAUGCCAUGCUGGAACAUUGUAACAUGGACCGAGAUGCUGGCAGCAUCUUCAUGGCCGAGGACAUCUUUCAAAAAAUGCCAUUCACGCAUGCAACGCCAUGCUAACCGGAUAUGCCCACGCUGGCAAAGUUGAGCAGGCAAAGUGUAUAUUUGACAAAAUGCCAUGUUGGAGUUUAGUAUCGUGGAGUUCACUGCUGUAUGCCUUCGCAGGAUCAAGAGAUAUGGACUUGACAUGACGAUUUUUCGAUAAAAUGCCAUACCAGCAGCUAGUUUCCUGGAACACCAUGCUUGAUGCUUAUGCCCAAAACGGGUAUAUGGCAGAAGCAAGGGUCAUGUUCAAUGCAAUGGUAGAGAAGGACGUAAUUUCUUGGACUAUAAUGCUUGCUGGCUAUGGCCUUAGUGGCCAGAGUUUAUUUGCAAGAAAAAUAUUUGCCCAGAUGCCAGGGAAGAAUGAAGCUUCUUGGGAUGCAAUGCUCACUGCAUGUACCCAAGCAGGGGAAUCGGUUUCUGUGUCACACUAUGCAGAUGGCCGGCAUUUACAACCAAGUUGGAUUUGUCUCCGCUCUCAAUGCUCACGGCCAAGUUGGUAGUGUUAAAUGUGCUAGAAGUUGCUUUGUUUCGAUGGCUUUUGACUGUGGCAUUCAGCCAUGUCACCAGCAUUACUCCUGCAUAAUCGAUGGCUUAGCAAGAGCUGGUUACAUUGACAAUGCAAGAGAACUCAUCGAAAACAUGCCAUUUGUUCCCACUUCUUUGGAUUGGCUCAGAGCCUCGAGUGUGGAACCUGUGUAUCAAAAUGGGUGUCUGGAAUUGCGAGCAGCAGAGCUAUGUAUCCUCUCUUGGCAAAUGUAUGGGCUUGGCAUUGAUAGGAUCUAAGGAAAAAAUAACUGCUGUAAGACUAGAAGUACCAAUUGCGUUUCAUGCUUGAUAAAUUCAAAUAUUGAUAAAAUGGGAAAAAAAAACAAAUCAUUUGUCUAUAUAACACCUAGGAUCUGAGCGUGGACCUCCUGGACCAAAUCACCAGGGGCUCUGAGAGAUCGCGAGCAACUUCAAUCAGACAGAUACCUUGCAAUACGGUGUGUGGAAAGUGCAGCAGGCGAAAAUUGUGUUUGCUGAUCCGCUGAGGUGUUUGAUUCUAUGCGAAUGUUCUCAAAACUCUUCAUCAAAAACUAUCAAACGAGCAAUGUUUAAUGCCUGACGACGACCAUGAUAGGUACUAACAAAGCAAAUAUUCCUUUGCGUCACGAUGCUCACACGAAGCUCUUCGGAGCGAUGGAGAUGGAACGCAAUGCCCUCGUCAUGGCAGCAUGGGGCUACCUUCUUUGCAAUCGACAAAACAUGGGUGAUAUGCAUGGACUUAAUCGUCGUUUGGUGCAACGAGACUAGGCCGGAUAUCGAAGCACCGCACGAUUUGGAGGAGUCCAAGGCGUUGAUCGAGUUCCUGACAGAUUGGGCUUCACCGGAACCUUAGACAAGCACGUUUGAUUCCUCUGACAACAGCACGCAAUGCAACUCCGACCUCUCAAGGAUCGGUCACCAGAAAUCAUUGACGUACACGAAACUAGAUUAAUUUCUGAAAUGGCUUCGAAUAUAUUCUUUGUUUCUUGUAAACUAGAAUUUGCGGCAGAGAGGUUUAACAUCACAGUCCAGGAAAUGAGACUUCUCUGAGGCAUAGAAUAAAACACACGCCUUGUCUCCUGUGGAUACCCGCUUUGGGAAUAUGCAUUCAGCAUACAGUUCCAAGCAGCUAGAUCUCUUUCUGGCAUUUUCUCAAAGAUGUCCUUAGCUUCUUCCAAAUUUCUAUUAUUCGCAUGCAACGUUAAAACAAAGAUCACGGCGUUCCAAGACACUAAAUCCCUGUGAGGCAUGUUAAAGAUUUUGUAAGCUUCUUGUAGCUUUGUUUCAAUGGCUUUUGACUGUGGCAUUCAGCCAUGCCACCAGCAUUACUCCUGCAUAAUCGAUGGCUUGGCAAGAGCUGGUUACAUUGACAAUGCAAGAGAACUCAUUGGAAACAUGC